GGCAAGACUGUUUUAGUUCAAGACAAUCAGCUUCAACAAUGAAAAUUGAAGGACAUAUUGAUGUCUUUUGACACUAUUGCUAUACGGAGUUAGACAUCAACUUGCUCUAGGAUGUAUGACCAAAGGCUGCAAUAGAAAGUGGCGUUGAAACUGCCGCAAAAAGAGACUGGAUCAUCUGUAAAAGUCAGUUGAGGCGUACAUUAGUGUUGUAUAGCUCAAUGCAUAACCGCUGAAGCAAGCCAUAUGACGACUUUAUAUAAACUGAAAAGACCUGAGACACAUUUAAUUCCGUUUUCUUAUCUUGGCUGGCUGUUAUUCAAAUACUUGCUAAUUUCUUCUUAGUUGCAAGCCCAAUCCGAAGACAAGUUUGACGAGUCGAGUUCAAUUGCUUCAUUGUCAACUAUCAGCAAAGUUACAAGAUGCUUAAAUUGUAAACUAGAAGAACUAACUCUCGACCCUUUGUAUCGUUGUUCGAAAUGCUCAGCCCGAUGGCAUGCUAGUUGUCAUAAUCCACGCCCAACAAUGGGAGCUGAAGUCACGUAUGGCAAUUUCUCCUCGUACUGGUCGGCAAUCGCUAAACGUGAAUAGUGAUUGGUAUUGCCGUCAUUGUACUAGGAAAUAUGGCCUGCCACCAAGAGAACAUUCGCCAGAGCGUGAAUCAUUAGCCGUGGAAUGCGAAAUACCUGGGUGUAAGAAGCCAAUUUAUAGCAUGUCGGGUAAAGCCAAAAAUGGUCUAAUCUUGUGUAAGUUUCACGAGAUUACAGAGAAAAGUAAGAGGUCAAAGAUUGCUAGCAAAGCACUGGUACAGGCCUCGUCAAGGCCACUCUCGAAGCCCAUUAAAAAAUCAAAGCUUUACACUGUUAAGUAUGAUGAAGAUAUGCAGGAAAUGAAGCGUAAACCAGGUAGGAAGCCAGGAGAUCUAAAAAAGAAGCCAAUGCUUUCAAACCAUUCAGCUGCCCAAUCAGCUCUCAAUAAUAAGCCAACCGCGAGGACUCAGGGAGUCCGGAAAUCGGAGAACAUGCUGGCUACACGAAGUGAUUUGCGUCCUCAUACUGACAUGGCCGCUCGAGGACCGCUGUAUCCCCGAACUGAUAACUCGAUUCAUAUUCCAAAAUCUAGAAGUAACUUGCAACCACAAUGGAUAAGGGCCAGCAGCCCUAAUACGAAUAGUGCUAGGGUCUUGUAAGUUUUGAUUAUUGAAUACGGAGUGAAUAUUAUUGAUCUAACCUAUUUAGGCCAGAAAUCUACAAUGGAACCACACUCUCACCAUCGCCGGAGUAUGAGCCUCCAUCACCAGCUAUAGUUGAUGAUAAAACAGUUCCUUCACCAGAAUAUGAACCUCCGUCGCCAGCCGAAGUUGACGACAAUGCUAAUAUUUGGCAAUCUGAAAUUGAGAAAUCUGUUGAGCAAGACGGCAUUGAGCAAGACAACAUUGAGCAAGACGAUAGUCCUGGCUCUCAGAUAAAAGAUGAGCUUAGAGCUAUGCAGGAAAGUGCAAAAAAGGUUGGGACGGAGCCUGAGAAUUUAUUGCUCCAAGAUUUGGGGUCUCCAUUCCUGUCAGGGCCAUUGUCAAAUACUAAACAGGCACCUGAAAGAUUCUUCACCUUCCCGAGUAAUAAUAAUCCUGGCAGUAAAACUCCCCUAUUUGGUCUAAAAGAGGUCGUGAAAGAAUCAUCCUCGGUAGUUUCUUCCAUAUCCCCAGUUCCAGCUGUUCGUCUGACUACGAAGCCAUCACAACCUAUGUUACCGAAACCGGGUAACAGCAAACAAGCAAAAAACACGCAUCAUCCUAACUCGGAAAACGACAAGGGAGUGACCACAUGUGAUUGGGGAAAUACAGGAAACGAACAGGAAAUUUUGGGACGUGGGUGGGGAAAUCGACCAAUAGGAAGAACUGAGUCUCUGUUGCAAGGCGAUGAUAUGAAACGCGAUGCAUUACAUCUAGCUCAGAAACGAAAAGCUAGUACUCGGGAGGACCAAGAAGCUGAACCACAUUCCACAGAGGAGACAAAGUUUCGGCAGAAAAAUCAACAAAAUCUCAUCAACACAACGAAUAAACUUGCAGCCCAACCAUCAUGGGAAAUGCCCUCGAAUUCGGAAUCUUCAGCUUCACAAUUACAACAAAAGGAACCAAUUCAAAAAGAGCCGACGCAUACGGCACCACUCUAUGGUGAAUACAAACCCCACACUAUCGAAUAUCAACGUCAAUUGCGCUGCAAAACCUACGAUCCCAGUGUUCUCGACCAUUAUUUAAGCGUACAAAUAGAGUCCCAAGCCCGUGCCGAGGUCGAAAGAGAACAAAAUCUCAUGCCCCAACCUGAAACCGCUGCCAAAACACAAAUCUGGGGUAGCAUCGAUCCUCGAAUCGUCUGGCCAAAAGAACAAUCCGAAGGUUGGUACGAGGCUAAACGCAAAGAGAUUGAUGCACGUGGUGGGAAGAAGGCGAACUUUGGGAUACUCCUCACAGCACAAGUGAGAAAGGAGAGGAGUGAUAGAGGUUGGCAUCCGAAUCAGAACAAAGAAUAUGUUCCUAAGCAGGAGAGAAAUGGUGGCUCCAUUUUCACUGCAGAUGUGGGCGCAGUCGAUCUAGCAGUCAAGGGCGGAAAAUUAGGCGUUCUUGUGCCAAUGGCGGGGAGAGAGAGGAAAUCAAGGGCAGAGAAGGAGUUUAUCCCGGGUGAUAGGUGAAAACUGGUCGGGAGUAUAGGCUGAGGGUUUUUACGGGCAUUUCAAACGGUUGGGUUCUGGGAAGGAUGGUUUAUGAUACCCAUUGGUGUUACAGCGCGCAUUGCAUUCGUGCUUGCAUAUACGAUUACAUAAUACACUACGGAUGCGAGGUAGUGAAUAGGUUUAUGCUAAAGGGAGAAGUUCUCAGGCAUCAUGCGUUUUUUGGCCGUACCUAGGUACAUAAUUACAAGGGAUUAAUGUUUGGGAAGACUGUACUUCAAGAUGAAUAUAUCAUUCAUAAAUUUUUGUGUCCUGGGCAAUGAUAUUAAUGUAACAAAAUCAAUUA